AUGACGUUCGCUCACGCCUCACCGGCCGCUGCCCGGCAGAGCCUGGGCCGCAGCUCACAGCCGCGCCGCUCGGCCUCGACCGGCUGUCGCUGUCGCUGCAGCUGCAACACGUUCUUCUCCGACUCCAAGGCUGCGUCCAACCCGGAGCGAGACAGCCAGCUGCAUGAGCUGCGGCAGGAGCUGCGGGAGGUCAACGUCCAGAAGCAGACCCUCCAGGAGAAGAUAUUCAGCCUGGAGGAGGCGCAGCGGCUGACAGACAACGACACGCAGAUGCUGCAGAGCCAGCUGGAGGCGGACCGCGUUCGCUGUCGCCAAAUGGAGGAGGAGAACGAGGAGCUGAAGGAGGAGAUCCAGCGGCUGGAGACGGCGCUCAAUAACCUGCCCGUGGGCGACGGUGGUGCCACGCGCGACACGGCCGCUCAGAUCACCCAGCUACUGCAGACGCUAAACGAUGACAUGGUCAAGGCGCCCGAGCUCUGCAACCGACUCCGCAUGGCUGCGCAGCAGAUCAUGGACGGCGAGAAGCGCUUGACGAACGAGCGCAGCACGCGCGCUAUGGACCAGGCCGAGGUGCAGUACCUGCGCACCGAGAACCAGCGGCUGCGAGAGCUGGCCUUCCGCGCCAACAUGUCCGCCUUCCAGGCCAGCGUGCAGCUGCCGCAGAACCAGAUGGGUUUCCAGCAGCAGAUGAUGACUCCCGGCGCGCCGUUCGGUCCGGGCGGCGCCUGUGUCGACCCGUAUGCCCAGCAGCAGGUGCGACGCAAGAGCAUGUUCCAGCGUGUGUUCGGCAAGAACACGGCCGAGGACAUGGGGCCGGGCACACUGCAGUACCAGGACGGCAGCCGCGCGCAGUUCGACCCGAUGAUGAGCAUGCAGCAGCAGCGGCUGUCCCUGGCCAUGCAAGAAGACCCGGAUGAGGCGGCGCGUCGCCUGCAGCUCCUCAACCAGGAGAAGACUGGCAAGGGCUGCUGCCGGCGCUAG